CUUCGAUUUCUCCAUUUUCUUUGUUGCUUUCCUAUAUAUAAUUAGCACAAAAUAAAAUUAAAAAAUAAAAAAUAAAAAAUAAAAAUUUACUAAUGAAAACAAUUUAGUGUUUCAAUUUGUUUUCAAGAUUUUUUUGACAAAGUCCAUUUGGGUUGGGCCUCUUUCUUCUGUUUCCCUUUAAAUCUUGCUUCAUCUACUAUUUCCAUCUUACUGUUCUUCGACUUCAGUCAGAACAGAUAAGGCAUUUUUUAUUCCCAGUAUGUCAGACCUUGAGGCUCCCUUGCGCCCGAAGAGGAAGAAGGUUUGGGUGGACUAUUUUGUUAAGUUCCGAUGGAUUAUUGUUAUUUUUGUUGUCCUCCCUAUCUCCUUCACAAUUUACUUUCUUACAUAUCUGGGGGACGUUAGAUCAGAAUGGAAGUCCUUCAAGCAGCGCCAGAAGGAACAUGAUGAAAAUGUGAAGAAAGUUGUAAAACGUCUGAAACAAAGAAACCCAUCAAAAGAUGGUCUUGUAUGCACAGCACGUAAACCCUGGAUUGCUGUUGGGAUGCGGAAUGUUGACUAUAAGAGGGCCCGACAUUUUGAGGUUGAUCUAUCUUCUUUCCGGAAUGUCCUUGAUAUUGACAAAGAGAGAAUGAUUGCUAGAGUUGAGCCCUUAGUGAACAUGGGACAGAUAACAAGGGUGACAGUCCCUAUGAAUCUUUCUCUUGCAGUUGUUGCUGAGCUCGAUGAUCUUACUGUUGGUGGUCUCAUUAAUGGCUAUGGGAUUGAAGGAAGCUCUCACCUUUAUGGCUUGUUCUCUGACACUGUUGUGGCUUAUGAGAUUGUGCUAGCAGAUGGCCGGGUUGUUAGAGCCACUAGAGAUAACGAGUACUCUGAUCUUUUCUUUGCUAUUCCAUGGUCUCAGGGAACACUGGGCCUUCUUGUUGCUGCAGAGAUCAAACUUAUACCAAUUAAGGAAUACAUGAAGUUGACAUACAAACCAGUGGUGGGUAAUAUUAAAGAUCUUGCACAGGGAUACAUGGAUUCUUUUGCUCCCCGAGAUGGAGAUCAGGAUAACCCUGAAAAGGUUCCAGAUUUUGUUGAGACCAUGAUCUACUCUUCAACACAAGCUGUGUGCAUGACAGGAGUAUAUGCAUCUAAAGAAGAGGCUAAGAAGAAAGGGAAUGUGAUAAACAGUGUUGGGUGGUGGUUUAAACCCUGGUUCUACCAGCAUGCAGAAACAGCACUAAAGAGAGGUGAGUUUGUGGAGUAUAUCCCAACUAGAGAAUACUACCACAGGCACACUAGGUGUUUGUACUGGGAGGGAAAGCUUAUUCUUCCGUUUGGAGAUCAGUGGUGGUUUAGGUUUCUCUUUGGUUGGCUGAUGCCACCAAAGGUUUCCCUGCUCAAGGCUACUCAGGGAGAAGCCAUCAGAAACUAUUACCAUGAGAUGCACGUCAUCCAGGACAUGCUUGUUCCUCUAUACAAGGUUGGGGAUGCUCUAGAGUGGGUCCACCGAGAGAUGGAGGUAUAUCCCAUUUGGCUCUGUCCUCACAGAUUGUAUAAGCUCCCAGUCAAAACUAUGGUGUAUCCUGAACCAGGCUUUGAGCUGCACCGCAGGCAGGGAGAUACAGAGUAUGCUCAGAUGUAUACAGAUGUUGGAGUCUAUUAUUCCCCGGGUCCUGUUUUGAGGGGUGAAGUUUUUGAUGGUGCGGAGGCAGUUAGGAACAUGGAGAAAUGGCUGAUUGAAAAUCAUGGGUUCCAACCACAAUAUGCAGUUUCUGAGCUGACUGAGAAAAACUUCUGGAGAAUGUUUGAUGCUGGGCUUUAUGAGCAAUGCAGGAGAAAGUAUGGAGCUGUGGGAACUUUCAUGAGUGUGUACUACAAGUCCAAGAAGGGGAGGAAGACCGAGAAGGAGGUGCAGGAAGCUGAACAAGCUCACCUCGAGACUGCCUAUGCUGAGGUUGAUCAGCCAGUCGACUGACAUUGGAGUUGAUGAUCAUUUAGGAGUUCUCUCAAUGUUUCUUAGUUUCUAGUUGUCCUUUGUUAGUUUCAUUUUAUCCCCAGUACAUCGAUUUGAUAUGAUUGGUUUGAGUUUCUUGUUGGAUUGGUUUUAAGAGUGUUGGAUGUUUUAGUGAGGUCUAAACGGGUAGAGGGGUAAGUUUCUUAUUGUUCCAGGUGCCAUGUUUAGGAAGAGUAAAUCUCAUCUGAUAACUUGUGAGUUGAAGUUGAUUGUGGCUUUAACAUUACUAAAGAAUGGAUUUCCAGCUUCUAUCUUUUAUGCA